AUGGCAACAGUCCUGAGGACAAUGGCGCUCGGACAGAAUUUCCACGUGUUGCCCCAGAAUUGUGUGAUUGUCUCACCAUCGGCCGUGCAGCAGGCCAAUGUGGGGCUCCAUGCCGCCGGCAAGCGGCCCAUCGCCCCGGCCCCAGAGCCCCGCGGGGCGCGCUACAUCUCUGGCGGCGGGGAGCUGAAGAUGGGCAAGAAGCGCAUGAGCUACACCUCCCACAUGCACCAGCCCUUUCCCACCACGCCGCCGAGUGUGGAGCGUCGCAACGCCCGCGAGCGCAACAGAGUGAAGCAGGUCAACAACGGAUUCGACAAGCUGCGCCAGCACAUCCCGCAGAAGAUCGUGGAGGUGGAGAACGGCGGGCGCGGCGCCAGCAAGAAGCUGAGCAAGGUGGACACGCUGAGGCUGGCGGUGAAGUACAUCCAGGGACUGCAGCAGCUCCUGGACGACAACUCCACGCACGACGGCAGCAGCCAGGGCAGCGGCUCCUACUACGUGGGCAGCCCCGUGCAGAGCCUGCAGGAGUCCCAGCCGCCCUGCUCCGAGGCGUCCGCCUCCCCCACGCCCUCCUACAACUCCGACGUGUCCGUGGGCCACGGCUACAACACCUCCUCGGCGCCGUACCAGGAGCAG